AUGACUGCCGCGAAACGAAGGUAUCUAGGAGGCUCGGGGAAUGCCUUGACCGUCUGGAUCACCCUGGCUGCCUCGACCGUCCUCGUCUUCUAUGGCUAUGAUCAGGGUGUCUUUGGAAACGUCCUCGUCGGCCAGAACUUUCUUGAUCAGAUGGGAAACCCGUCGCCGAAAGCCCAAGGUACCGCGACUAGCGUUUAUAAUCUGGGCUGCUUUGCAGGCGCGUUGUCGACGCUUUACACUGGCGACAAGCUCGGUCGUCCUAGAACGCUCAUGCUGGGAAGCAGCAUCAUCGCUGUGGGAGCAAUCAUCCAGACAGCAUGCUGGAGUCUGGGCCAGAUGGAGGCGGGACGGGUCAUUGCCGGCCUUGGAACGGGGAUGAAUACCGCCACAGCAGGUGUCUGGCAGGCCGAAACCAGCAAGAUGCGCAGCCGUGGGAAGCUUGUCAUCAUUCAGAUGGCCAACUGCAUCACCGGAUUUUGUAUUUCGAACUGGCUGACUCUGGGCUUUUCUUUCGCGCCAGGGAGCGUCGCAUGGCGAUUCCCAUUGGCUUUCCAAUGCUUUUUCACUGCUUUGAUAUGGAUGAUGUGUCCAUUUCUUCCGGAUUCGCCUCGCCUGCUGAUCCGCAAAGGCAAAUACGAUGAAGCACGCGAAGUUCUCGCAGCGCUGGAGGGAAAUGGCGCCACUCCCGAGUCCGCGUCCGUCCGUACACAGUUCAACAUCAUCAAAGAUGUCCUUGACCGGGAGACUGCACUCCAGUAUACCUGGUGGCAGCUCCUCACUGGGCGAGGGCCGUCCGGCGUCGUCAGGAGAAUGAUUCUGGGUGCUUGGAUGCAAGCCAUGAACCAGAUCAGCGGCAUCAAUGUCACGUCGUACUUCCAAACCUACAUCUUCAUUCAUGCCAUCAACCUGAGCGAAUUACUGGCCCGCAUUCUCGCAGCUGCCGGGUCAGUCGACUACUUGAUCUUCAGUUUCCUGGCGUGGUUCCUAAUUGAACGUUUUGGCCGUCGUCGCGUCAUGAUGGUCUCGGCCUUCGCUUGCUCGGCAUGCUGGACCACCAUCAGUAUCUCCCUGGGUCUUUCCGAGACUGGCAAGGCGAAUUCUUACUCCAUGGGUGCUCUCGCUACGACGGCGUUUUUUGUGUUCUUUGCAUCGUUUGGCUCUGGAGUUUUGGGGGUGCCCUGGCUCUAUCCGACUGAGAUCAACCAUAUCUCGUUCCGAGCCAAGGGGGCAUCUCUGGCGAUGAGCACGAACUGGAUCAUGAAUUACAUGGUCGCGCAAGUCACUCCACCUGGAAUAGCGAACUUGGGUUACCGCUUCUGGAUCAUCUGGGCCGUGCUCUGCGCUAGCUUCAUUCCGACGACGUACCUGUUCUACCCCGAAACAGCAAAUCGCACGCUCGAGGACAUCGAUCGUUAUUUCGAGGAGCAUAGAAACAUCUUUGUGUUCAACGACAAGAUGGCCACGCAGUUGCAGCGGCCAGAGGCGUGGGAGAAGAUGGAUGAGGAAAUCGCAAAGCGUGCGGACGAGGAGAAGAUCAAGAGUGGAGAGAUGAUUGAGGAGAAUGAAGAUUCCCAUGGAAUGAACAGGGGAAAAGACGAGGUUGUGUACCUCGAAAAGUGA